AUGGACGGCGAGAACCGCAUCAUCCUGAACGUGGGCGGAAUCCGCUACGAGACGUACAAGGCGACGCUGAAGAAGAUCCCGGCGACGCGGCUGUCGCGGCUGACGGAGGCGCUCGCCAACUACGACCCGAUCCUCAACGAGUACUUCUUCGACCGCCACCCGGGCGUGUUCGCCCAGGUGCUCAACUACUACCGCACCGGCAAGCUUCACUACCCGACCAAUGUGUGCGGGCCCUUGUUCGAAGAGGAGUUGGAGUUCUGGGGGCUGGACUCCAACCAGGUGGAGCCGUGUUGCUGGAGCACCUACAGCAUCCACAGGGACACGCAGGCGACGCUCGCGAUCCUGGACAAGCUGGACAUCGACGCGGACAAGCCGAGCGAGGAGGAGAUCGCGCGCCUGUUCGGCUACGAGGACGACUACCUGGCCGGCACGCUGUCCCGCUGGCAGCGCCUCAAGCCCAAGGUGUGGUCGCUGUUCGACGAGCCCUACUCGUCCACGGGAGCCAAGGUGGUGGCCGUGGUGUCGGUGUUCUUCAUCUGCGUGUCGGUGCUGUCGUUCUGCCUGAAGACGCACCCGGACAUGCGCGUGCCGGCGCUGCGCAACGUGUCGGUGGCCGUGCUGGCGACGCCGGCGUCGGGACGCCGGGGCAACUCCAGCCUCGCCGUCGCAACGCACGUCGACAAGGAGCGCACCGACCCGCACGAGGCCUUCUUCUACGUCGAGCUCGCCUGCAACGCGUGGUUCACCUUCGAGCUGGCCGUCCGCUCCGUGGUCAGCCCCAACAUCGUGCAGUUCGUGAAGUCACCCGUGAACGUGAUCGACUUCGUGGCGACGCUCAGCUUCUACACGGACAUCCUGCUGCAGAGCAGCGUGGCGCACCGCAUCGACAAGGCGGACAUCCUCGAGUUCUUCAGCAUCAUCCGCAUACUGCGGCUGUUCAAGCUGACGCGACACUCGCCGGGGCUCAAGAUCCUCAUCCACACGUUCAAGGCGUCCGCCAAGGAGCUCACCCUGCUGGUGUUCUUCCUCGUGCUGGGGAUCGUCGUCUUCGCGAGCCUCGUCUACUACGCGGAGAGGCUUCAGGCGAACCCGCUGAACAACUUCAAGAGCAUCCCGGAGGGCCUGUGGUGGGCCAUAGUGACCAUGACGACGGUCGGCUACGGCGACAUGGUGCCCAAGACGUACCUCGGCAUGUUCGUGGGGGCGCUGUGCGCGCUGGCCGGAGUGCUGACCAUCGCGCUGCCGGUGCCCGUCAUCGUGUCCAACUUCUCCAUGUUCUACUCGCACACGCAGGCGCGGUCCAAGCUGCCAAAGAAGCGGCGGCGCGUGCUGCCCGUGGAGCAGCCCCGGAGGAAGCGAGGCGACGGCGUCAUCAACCGGCGCAUGAACGCCAUCAAGCACCACCACCCGGCCAUCUUCAAGGACGCCUUCGGCGGCGCGAAGCUGGUGCACGACCUGGAGUCCAGCCUGCCGCUGCUCGCUGCGACCAGGGCGAUGGCCGCGCCGCACCAGGUCAGCCCGCUGGUGCCCUUGCAGCCGCGAGCCGCCACAAUCGGCAGCGUGGACCUGCUGCUGCCCCUGCAGCCCCGACUGCUGCUGCCCGCGGGAGCCCCGCCUCCUCAGCAGCAGGCCACGACGCUGUCGUGGGCGCCGCCCCACGCCGUCAGCACCGUCGAGAGGCUUGCCGCCCCCGCCGCCCCCGCCGCCGCCGCGGGGGAGGACGAGCAGGCCGCCAACCCGGCGGCCACGGACGCGCCGCCUCCCCCGCCGCCGCCCGCGGAGACGGCGGCAGACGACGACGUCGACCCGGCGGCGGCACCGGAGGCGGCGGAGGAGGCGGGCCGGGACCAGCCCGAGGCCGGCGAGGACUGCCCCCGGAGGCAGGAGAGCUGCGAGCGGUUCUGA